UUCUUGUUGUGGGUCUAGGUUGUGUUCAUCCUGCUUUUUGUUGGAUUUUAUAUUUGACUGAACUGAGGUACCAGUGAUCCUUUAACUAAUGUGCCUUCCUUUACCAGCUUGCUUUUCUAUUAUUUUUGUUACAGUGAUGGCAAUGUAGAUAGAUGCUUUUAUCUCAACUUUUAAUCUUUUUGCAGAAUUAGACAGAAUGUUGUCAUCUGUGCACAGACAGGAUAACGAUAUUCCAUCAGAGUUGCAUGUUCAACAAAAGUUGUCUUCUCUUGAUGUUGCUGAGUUUUCAGCAUGCAUGGAGGAGGAACCCUUGAAGCAGAAUUGGAGUUCAUUUACCAAAGUUAUGGAUAAACAUCAGACCAAGCUGAAAGAACUGUCACCACAGCUCAAAAGCAGAUCACAGGAAAACUUCCUAGAACAAAACCUGAGUGAAAGUGAAAUGAGAUGGUUGAAAGAAGAUGAAAUUGCCACAUUACAGGAAAAGAUUCUUGAAGCAGAGAUGGCAAUCAGUUCAACAGAAAUGUUUUUGCCUUCAUUUAAAGUCACUAUUGCUGGAAUGACAAAUGUGUGUAACCUUUCUACAUCAGAUAUGAUUAAGAUUUCUAAACAAGAGGAUUUACUGAUAAAGGAACUGGAGACUCUCAAACACAUAAAAGGAUUAUUACUACACCUACUUAGAACAACAGAGCAUAAAGAAAUAAGCAGUAAACAAAUUGACAUUUUGAUGCAGAAGUUAACUGAAAGUGAAACUGAAAAUGAUGGUCUCAGAAAAGAAACACUUGAAACAGAGAAGCAUAUUGUAGAGCUUUCUUCUCAGCUUCAACAGGAAAAAGCAAAUGCACUAAAAGCAGAUCACCUAUCAAAGUCAGUAGAAGCUGUACAAGCCCAUCUGCAAUGCCAGAUUCAAAAAAAGGAGGCUGAGAAUGAUCAGUUGAAAGCAAAAAUACAGACUCUGGAAAAGAAAAUAACUGAGUGGAAGCUUCAAAUUGGAAAACACAAGCACCAAAUUUUAGCUGUAAAGGAAACAAAUGAGCAAAAGAAGAAAGCUCUGAAAAAAGCAACCAGAGGCCAGAAACAAAGAGCUGAAUGUUUUGAAGCAUCUGUUGAAAAACUAACUUCCAAAAUUAGAAAGAGGGAAGUCAAAUUGUCUGAAGUACUUUCAGCUUCCAGUGUCUGGAAAAAUCAUCAUGAGAAGGCUGUAGAAGAAAAGACUCGGUUAGAGGUUCAAUUUGAAAGUCUGAAGAAACAGAUCACAAACCUUUUGGAGGACAUGAAAAAAAUACAAGAUCGUGGAAGAAAUUCAAAUGAAGAAAUCCAUGGGAAGCUUAAUUCUAUCAAUUCAGAAAGUGCAAAUAUUCGUCUUGAAAAUGCAAAAUUAAAGGCUUUACUUGCUGCUUUGGAAGACAACACUGUUUCGGCUGAAGCUGAACUUUUAAACCUGCAAGAAAAAGUAAAGCAGCAGGAAAACCUUGCUGAACAGUAUAAAAUUCAGGUACAAAAAUUACAAACAGAAGCAGAAGAACUGAAAGCCAGAUACAAAAAAGUGUUAAAUGAAAACAAAAUAAUAACAGAAGCCAAAGAUUUAGAGAUAAGUGAGGUGAGGAGCCAGAUACAGGCUCAACUGAAGGAGUUAGAACAUGUUCGUGACUUACUGAAAGUAGCUGAAGAGAGGCUGCAGGAGUAUCAGGAAAAUCUGUUGUCCUAUAAAAGGAGUUAUGCAGACAAAUCCAAAACCAUUAGGGAGCUACAGGUUCAGAUGGAUGACAACAACAGGUUCUUGAGAAACCAUUCUUUGGAAGAGGAAAACUAUAACAUUCAGAAGAAAUAUAAAUAUCUUAAAAGACAGUUAGAAAAGAUGGAAGUACAAAAUGAAGAACUUGCACAUCAGCUGGCAAACCAAGAGGAGAGUCUUCAGCACAGUGAAUUGCAGCUUAAAGAGAAAUUAGCAGAAUAUGAUGCUUUAGCCAGACAGUUGGAGGCUGCUUUGGAAGAAGGCAGAAAAAAGGAGUCUGAAGAGGUGGAAAAAAUGUCAUCCAAGGAGAGAGCUCUUCAGACAAAAAUAUUGACUCUGGAAACCGAAUUGAGAGAGAGACGAGAGGAGCAAAAGCGACUUGUCUGCAAAUUAAACAAUAGAGAGAAACAUCAGGAAGUAUGUUUGAAAGAAUUAGAGCACAAUCUACAAAAAUCAGAAAACCAGAACCACAGCAUCCACAAUUAUGUACAGUUCUUGAAAAACUCAUAUGUAACAAUGUUUGGCUGAUUUUUUUAAUUUAGAAUAUUUUAAAUAAUAAGGGCAGAA